GUCUCGCUGGACCAAUCCAACAGAGUACAAACUUCAAAACGCGCCGGUCGUUGGAAAACCCAUUGUCAUUUUUCUGCCUUCAACUACCUUUUCCUCACCAUUCGCUCUGCUCGUUCUUUUCACGGCUACAUAUUUCGUAGACAUUCGCCCGUCGACUUCAUUAUUUGCUUCUGGACUUUGGAAUAUCUUAAUUUUCCAUCCGCUAGCCACGACAUUUGUCACUGCGAGACAUCCGACACAUCUCCCGCCGCCAUCCUCCCCCACGACACCUUACCCACCUUCCUCACAGGCCAUCGCCUUCAUCCCUCAAGAUGGCCAAGGUCGCCACCGAUUUCGAAAAGAUCAUUCAAGAGGGCCGAGAACGCAAGAAGAACCAGGCUCUUGCCGAGAGAAUCUUCUCCAAGGAUCGCAGACAAAGUGCGCCUGCCAAAACAAAACCGGGCACAGGGCCUUCGCUCGCUAGCAGGGUCGGUGUCAAGAAGCGCACAUCCAUGGGCCCCUCUAAACCGAUACCAGCUGGAAAUGUCAAUGGCGACUGGACACACGACUUACAUCCGACGGUAAACAACAACAACAACAACAACGGCGGCGGCAGGAGUCUCGCCUCGCGUGUCGGCGUGCAAGGCACCAAGAAGAUCCCCACGGGGCCCAGAAGGACCGAGAGGCGGGCCGAACAGCGCGCUGCCCGUCUUGGGAACGCUCUGGAGAGGGAGGACGCCGCACAAUCAUCUGCGCCUGUGCCUCCGUCUGCGCCUGCGAGCAUGGGUCUCUCGAUCCGGGGGCUUGCGGGGCCCUUUGCCGUCAUGGCGCAGAACUUCGCGCCGGGAACCACCGCGGCUGAUAUUGAGAGCGCCAUGACGCCUGUGGGCGGUGAGAUGCUCAGCUGCACCAUCAUGAAGACGAGCCCGAUCAUGGUCGUCGAGAUGCUGUUUGCUUCCAGGGAAGGUGGAGAGGCGGUCAUUGCUACAUUCAACAACAAGCCGAUGGUCGGCUCAUCAAGGUCUACGCCAAACCUGGAGGUUACAAGCCGUUCUCUUCGCAAAGACAUGCCGCAGCGGAGAGACAGAGUGGCAACAUCGUCGAUGGCCUCUACGGAUUCGAUGACCCCAUGGCCGAGGACGAUCACGGCAGACUCUAUAGUGAUACGCUCGUUGGUGAUAAUCGAAGAGGUGGUCGGGGCCGUCGAGGCGGAAGGUGAACGUUACGUCGAUUACCUGUGAAUGCGAAGAAGCAUUGUAUGUAUCGAUGGACACGGGGCGAUUUCUCUGGCUCUGAAACAGACGCUCGUCAAUUUUUAAAAAUUUU